AUGGGCUUUAGAAGUAGUAUGAAUUAUUACUACGCAGCAUUUCUUUGCACCACAGUGCUCUUACCCGCAGCACUAUGCUACUACGGUGGAGACUACUCUAGAGCAACCUAUUAUGGCCGCCCUGAUUUCUUAGGGACACCAACUGGAGCUUGUGGGUUCGGUGAAUAUGGGAGAUUUGUCAACGAUGGUCGGGUUACUGGAGUGUCCAGGCUUUAUAGGGGUGGCUCUGGAUGUGGUGCAUGCUAUCGGGUAAGAUGCACCAUUCCAGAAGACUGUAGUGAAGAGGGAACCAGGGUAGUAGUGACUGACUAUGGUGAAGGAGACAAGACAGAUUUCAUCCUCAGUCAAGCUGCCUUCGAAAGUUUGGCUCGUCCUUACAAGGCUCAACAUCUUUUUGCCUACGGUGUAGUUGGUGUAGAAUUCAAGAGAGUUCCUUGUCUGUAUUAUCGAAGGUUUAUAUUCCUAGUCCUGCCACAGAGCAGGUACCCCGCAUAUUUGGCCAUUGUACCAUUGUACCAACCUGGUACUUUCGACAUUAUUGCUAUCGAAAUAUUCCAGGCGGAUCGCGGUGAAUGGAGGCCAAUGCGGAGGGCUUAUGGAACAGUAUUUGAUAUAACAGAAGCUCCAUUGGGUGUAAUAACCUUGAGGUACAAAUCUGUGGACUAUGGAGAUCCCGAGUCUUGGGUGCAAUUGAACGAAGUGAUCCCUAGUGACUGGAAAGCUGGACACGCGUAUGAGAUUGAGAUUCCAGCAUGAUAGUUUAAUCUCUCAGAAACUCAGGAUUAUCGUACGUAUGAUCCGUCUCUGCAGCCACAACUUAUGAGCUGCUUUUGGAGUAGUACGUAGUAUUGCUGUUGGAUGUUUUCACUUGUGUACUGUUUUGUACUGCUGUUUCAGAGACCAUAACCCUCAUACAUAUAUGGUAUUGCUGCAGGAUGUUUUCACUGUGUACUGUUUUGUAACGCUGUUUCAGAGACCAUGCCCCUCACAUAUAUAUGGUUCUUUUAGGGCAUGUAUAAAUCUCCCCAGCUGUACGUCUUUGUUAGUAACCAUGGAUAUCAUAAAUAAAAUCUAAUCUGUGAAG